AUGACUAAUUAAUAUAAAAUUUCUAAAUAUCAACUACAACGAAUUCGAAAGCAAGCUUAAGAGGAUGCUGAAUUAUGUGAUCUAUAUAAUGCCUUAUAUCCCAAAAAGGAUACUCAAGAACCAAGCAAUCAGUCUCUCCAUAAGUCAUAUUUGAGAUUGACAUAAUAAAUCGACUAUGAAAAAAUACGACCUCUAAAUAUCCUCCAAGAAGCCUUGAAGUUAUUCAAAAAGCAAUAUAAAUCAGGUGAAAUUGACUACCAAUAUUUUAAUGAUUAAUUACGAUCAAUUAGAUAGGAUAUCAAUGUUUAAAAUAUUGAAAAUGAAUUCACGAUAAAAACAUAUGAAGCCAAUGCUUUGGCUAGUAUUGAAAAUCUGGAUCUGUACACCUUUGAAUAAUGCUAAAUGAAAUUGCUAGAAUUGUAUUUAAUGCCAAUUAAGGCCAAAAGGAAAUCAGAAUUCUUAUGCUACAUCAUUUUAUAUCAUGCACUCAAAGACAAUAAGGAUUAACUUAUUAAUAUUUUCAAUACCUAAUCAAUUGAUGCUGAAAAUGAUCUCAUUUAUUUUGCUUUGAAGUAUGCUAUUUAAAUCAAGUAAAUAGCAUGUGCUCAUAUUUGUCAACCAAAAACUAUUACAAAGUUUUUAGAUGCUUCUAUUAUGCUAGUAAUAAGAUGUCCAAAAUGAUUCAACCCUUUUUGCCCCAAAUAAGAAAGAGAUUCAUCAAAGAAUAAAAGAAAGGGUAUUGUAAUUUCUUAUUCGAUGUAGAUUGAUUGGAGAAGGAUCGACUCAAUAUUUAGCCGACAUUGCAUGGGAUGGAGACCUUAAAGCCUGUAUGUAAUUUAUUAGUGAAGAAUUAUGACAAGAAUGAGAUGAGCA